GUCACUUGUGGGAUCACGACCAUGGGAAUGUUUGUCCGUUUGUUCAGAUGGCAGACAUUCCAUGUCGUGUCUGCUCAGCGCACCCGGAAGUGAACAACUCCUCAACAACUCCUCAGCUGUGGAUGAGCUCUGUGUUUCCUAAGUGGGGGAAACCAAAAGGAAACAAUGAUGAAAGUCUCAGACUCGAAAAACGAGUUUAAAAAAAGUUAGUGGUAGUUCAACUCGGGAACCUCUCUCGAAAGGUGCUCUUGAUUAACCGAAUAAUUGAAUCCCUCUUUAUAUUCUUGCUGCACAUUAACACAUGUAAUGUAAUGUUGCUGGAAACAAAAGGGAUCAUUUUUCGUGUACGGGUCCAUGUGCUGUGGAGCUGCGGGCCUUUUUUAAACAUGUUUUUAAUCUGGUUUUUACAAAAAAGUUCUUUUAAUUCACCUACUCCCCCUUGUGGCAAAACAGUUAAGCAAUAUCCUCAUAGCAACCUUUAAGAGGUAAAUAUAUUUGCCGUGUUUCUUCGGUCCUUUAGGGAACACUGUGUACGAUCAGACAAAGCCCAAUAGGUUUAUUUAUCAACGGUUGUAAAUCCGGGGGCUCAAGUGAGGAGGGGAGCCAUCCGUGACGCUUUCGUGCCUCAAAUCCCUGACAACAGCUUUCUCUUCCUCUCCAUGUUUACACGUAUGAUCUGGGUUUGAUCUGUGCCCUGACCGACCAAUCGGGGGGGAGCGUGCCUGCAGAUGGGGGGCAACAGUGGGAUGCUGGGUGUCCUGCCGGGUGGCGAGUGGGAGGAGAUACAGCAGAGAGGCCCGGCAGGAAUUAGGCUGCUGAGGAUUAGUGUUUGAGCUCUGAUUGUCUAUUGGCCGUCGAGACCUUCAGCGCUCGGGACCUGAACCGGGAACAACAACAACUUCAUCACAAACAAACGGGACCCUCAUCCUGCUGGGAUCUUUUCCAGGAUGUUUUUUGAGCCAACUGACUGCAUGUGCAUCUGAUUCUCGCUCCUCUUUCUUUAGCCCGAUGCGGGCAUAGUUUUGGUUCGUACCUUUGGAUUACUUUGUGAGACACCAUGGUCGUGCUUCUGACUAAGAACUCCGGUACUAAUUUCUACUGCUUCCCAACUCUCAUUUGGAAAGCUGUCCCAAAGCGAGAUGACGAUGACAAGACCCCGUCACCCUCGUUGUACCAGGAGAACGUGUUCGUCGAGGCCAGCAGGCCGAAGUAUCUGGAGAACCUUCACUCAGAGGCCCGGGAGGGAUUGAAAAUGAUGCAAGAGGAAGAAACAAACAAUGGAGUGGAGUUCCGGGACAAUGAAAGCACAAUCUCGACAAUGACGGUCCAGACGGAUGGGGAAGGGUUUAUGACAGACAGCACCAUGGGUGACACGUCUUCUGUCGUCUCUGUAAAAUCAUCUGUGUCCACAAGAUCUUCCCGCUCUGGACUCACCCGGCAAGAAUCAACAUUCAGGCCCCUGAGCUCUGAAAAAAAGACCAAGACAAGGAGACGACACAGAAGGACCGUUGUGGGAAUCCCUCAGCAUGUUCAAAGAGAACUGGGUAUGGACAGAGCGGGUUGGUCACGGACUCCGAGGUUAGAUGAGGAACAGCUUUAUAAUGGGGAAACUGACGACAGCUCAACCACUGAUGGGCCAGAGCGGGCAGCAGGGUCACAAAAGGGAGGCAGUUCCACCCUUCUAAAUAUAAACGACACUCGCCCCCUCAACAAAGAACAGCUCAAGCAGCUUGGCGACCAUGCCGGUCAUCAGGACCGCCUUGGUCCUUGGAUGGCCGGCGCCAACAGCCUCCAGCAGCCGCCGUCUAGCGCCGUCAUGUCCAUGUCACCCCAGGCCGCCUACAUGUCCAAAAUCAUUCCCAACGCCGUGCUGCCGCCCUCCAUCGAGGUGGUGGAAAUAAGCCGCGGACAGAGUCGUAACAGCGUUCGCACCGUCAGCAAGAGCAGCCUGAUGCUGUCCAGCCCGUCACCGUCCCGCACUUCCUCCAGAUCCUCCAACGUCACCUCCGCCUCCCGCUACAACCCUAUCAACAUGUCUGACAGCUCUUGUUGGAGCAACUCUGAGUCCUCGGAGACAUUGGUUUCCGACUCCUCUACCAUCUCCAGGAACAGCACCCCAAAUCAGAGGCGGUCACAGGAAAGAGAGGACAAAAUCAGCGUUCACUCCUCCAUCAGCAAGGCAUCAAAAAGCACGUCCAAUGGCAAGCUCAUUAUUAAUGGAGAGGGGGUUAAAAAAGAGGGUCCGUUUGUGCGUAGCCUCUCCGUCAUGAAAUCCAAGAGGGCACCUCCUCCUCCAAGCCGCUCCUAUUCCCUUCACAAUAAGAUGAAGCGACGAUCACGUGACUUGGCAGAGCUGAAGAUCAACGCAGGAGAAUCCUCUAUCCAUAACCGCUCAGCCUCCGGUGCGGAAAAUGAAACAAACAAAUUGGGAUAUUCUCCGGUUCCCACUAGAACCAGGGACAGCCCUGGAUACACUGCUGACACCAGUUCUCUGGAAGACUCUAUAGGUUCAGCAUCAUUUAGUCUCAUCAGAUCCCAGGUGCAGGCACUUAAGGCAGAGAGAGCAGCAAAGGUUGAGGACAGGGGAAAACUACCUUUGGAAAAUGAGCAGAGCAAAGUAGUAUCCCCUUCCAGUGGCUACUCAAGCCAAGAUGGCGCAUCAUCUCAGGUUCCUAAGCAGUCCAACAAGAAAGGCAUCUUAGCUAAGCUCCAUAGAUUUUUUCCAGGCUCCUCCCCUCUCCCGCAACCUGACACAUCUGCCGAUAUCGUAAACAUCAGCCCUUCGGUAAGGGCCCUGAGAGAACUCUUCAACAUCCCUCCGCCACCUAAAGUCCAUGCACCACCAGCCCCUCCUCCAGAGGUAUGGGCCCACAGCAAGCGUUCCUUUGAGCUUCUGCUAGGACCUCCGGCACCUGAUAAUCUUGAAGCUAUCAUAAAGAAGAAUCCAAAGGACAGGAGACCGAGGCAGUCUCCUUCUACGUCGGCAGAGAGCUCUGUGAAGAGCUUAGUGAUGGAAAGAAAACACAAGAAACCAGCAGUGACUGUGGAGUCUGUUAAUAAGUUCCAGAAUGUGCUGGAAACAAAGAAAGAUCAAGAAAGUGGGAUUGUAAGUGCAGAGAAGCACAUGGAGAACAACAGAUUGGCUCAGCCAAAUGUUCAUUUGAAUGGGAAAAGUAAAGUGACAGAACAAGUUGAGGAAACACAAGUAAGUGAAAUAAUAAAUGGGAUAUUAGUGAAGGCCGUAGAGAAACGUGAUGGAAGGCUGGAAGCAGUCAGAGAAGAAGUAGAAGCCAAAAAUACAUCCACACAAACUUCAGAGGUAAAACAAUCUCGCAUGGAUACGUUACCUGCCAUUUUAUUAGCUCGCAUCCUUCCACCUCCCUCAUCUCCUCUUGGGCCCCCUUCUCACCCUGCCCAACAGACCACGAUGUCCCCCGAGUCGUCCUGGCCCCCACCACCUCCACCACUGGUGGGCCUCAAUGGUCCUGAUGAGAUGGAUUUCCCUCUUCCACCUCCCCCAAUCAUUGGUGAGGGGGGGUUAGUUAUGCCUGUUCAGGUGCCACCAGAGAGACCCACUCCUGGUGGUGACUCCUCUUGCACAACUACAUCUGUUCUAUCAGGGGUUGCACCUCCACCCCCGAGUAUCCCACCUCCCCCACCAUAUACAGCUCCCGCUCCACCACUUAAAGCAGUUUCCCCUUCUACUAUUAAAAAGGUCUCUCCUUCACCUCCACCUAAAGAGGUGACUCUUCUGCCGCCGCUUAAAGAGGAGACCCUUCCGCCGCCACCUAAAGUGGGGACUACUCUUCCGCCGCCACCUAAAGAGGAGACCCCUCCUCCGCCACCUAAAGUGGUUACUACUCCUCCGCCGCCAUCUAAAGAGGAGACCUCUCCUCCGCCACCUAAAGUGGUUACUACUCCUCCGCCGCCAUCUAAAGAGGAGACCCCUUCGCCACCACCUAAAGUGGUGACUACUCCUCCGCCAGCCCCUAAAGAGGAGACCUCUCCUCCGCCACCUAAAGUGGUGACUACUCCUCCGCCGCCAUCUAAAGAGGAGACCCCUUCGCCACCACCUAAAGUGGUGACUACUCCUCCGCCAGCCCCUAAAGAGGAGACCCCUCCUCCGCCACCUAAAGUGGUGACUACUCCUCCGCCAGCCCCUAAAAAAGUGACCUCUCCGGCACCACCGAUAGGCGUUUCUUCCCCACCCCUCAAAGAGGCUUCUCCUACCCUUGUUGUAGAUGGGUCCGUCACACUGGUUGCGGUGGUUUCAUCUUCCCCUCAGCCUCCUACAGAGGUCUCUACUAAGCUCACGCCACCACAAAGUAUUCCACCUCCUCCACCCUUCCCGUCACAAUCCAAGUCGGAACAGGAGAUUGAUCCUCCACAAGGGAGCAUCCCUUCCCAAUCUGAAACAAGUCCAGUUUCAUCUUACAGUAUUCUCACUCCCCCUCAGAGUAUCCCCCCUCCACCUCCUAUACAACUUCUCCAUCAACCUCAGGUGGGGCCACAGAACAAAGAUGGUCCAGCUACCCAGGAGCCCCCCCCUUUGGCACUAUCUGAAGUCUUGAUCCGACCAGCUCUAGAAAACUGUCCAGAAAAGUCUCAAGAACCUGCUCUUUCUCCUCCUGUAAACAUUCCUUCACCUGGUCUUGCCAGCAUUAAGGACCGGUCUAGUCCUGCAAUCACAGAAAACCAACCCCCAGAACUGGCCUCUGCCGCUGUUGUUCAAGAGGACCACUCUCCUGAUUUAACCCCUUCAACAAAAAGUGGCGCUGAGACUCUUGACGCCCAGAAGCCACCAGAGGUCACGUUAAGGAAGCAGCAGCCCAGCAAUCCAGUCCCAACCUCAUCUGCCAGUGGUGAGGCUCCCCAGAAGCCAAUCAGGAGGUCUCUGAUUAUUAUCAAUGCCCCAUCUCCACCGCCCGCAACUUCACCACCCAGCUCGCCACCACCCACUGUCACCGCACAACCAGCUCUGCCAAAUUCCCAGUCUCUUUUGGUUCUACCUGCAGUCGUUUCCCCAACAAAAAAGUCUGCCACGACCGGCUCCCCUUCCAUGAACCUACAGGAGGCCAUCCGCCUGAGGACCGCGGCCCGAUCAAAAGCCGUCCCUUCAUCUCGCCUCAGCUUGAACUCUCCAACAUCUCCAGGAGACCUCCGUAAGUCCCCCUCCUGCACAGCAAGCUUUAUCUUCUCCAAGAGCAACAAGAAGGUGGCGAUUGAGACCAAGCCAGCGCUGGAGGCAAUGGGAACCGUAGAGAAGAAGCUGGAGGAGUCCUCUGUAACAAAGGGAGACAAGAUGCCACCACCUGUUGCAAAGAAACCCAAACCGAAGGGUAACGGGACUGAGGCCAAUGAAGGGACGGAGCAAACUGCAGGACAGGGCGCGCUGCAAGAGAGUAUCACAAAUGCUGCGGAGACAAAUGGGACAGCAGGUACUGUUGAAGGGGGGACGCCAUCGACAUAAUUGUAAAGACUGAAUGAGAUCUGUGGAAGAAUUUAACGCUGAAUCUUCUGCAAGUUGGCCGUUGUGUAAGAGACGAGAAAACUGGAUCAGGAUAGAUGGGACGCUUGUUUCAAAGGUUUCAUUUGGAAAAUCCCUUGACCUUAAUGUUAAUGGUGUGGGUCUUAAUUUUCUGUAAGAGUUUACUUAGUGAAUACGGCAUAUUUACCUUUGCAUUGCACAAGAUGGAAGACAUCGCCCUCUAGUGUGUUUGAUUGUACCACUUAAUGUCCUGCUGAAUCAGAGCUUUAGUCAGUACUCAAUGGGACUUUUGGGCGCUCAUCUGUAAAUAUUGCACAAUUUUGUACAUUUCAGUUAUCCAGGAAUGAUGUCUCAGUGCUACAAGAGUUUCCCCACCAAUAUGUGUUAAAAAAAAAUUGAUUAACUUAUUUUUCUUGUUUUCUUGUUCAGAGGGGUGGGAGGGGGGGCUCUGCAAGCAAAAUAUUUUAUUUGAAUGUUUAAAUAUUGGGAUGUAAGAACAAAGUAUGGGACAAAUUUAUGUUCUUAAGAAUCCCACAUCAUUUGAUUUAAAGCAUCUCUUUAAUUAAACAAUGACCAGACAUGCAAUAGUAAACACCCUUUUUGCUGCUUUUAGUUAAUUCAUUGCUUUUUCUCAGCGAUUGCUCAUUUGUGUAAAACUAAUAUAUAGUUCAAACUGGUUUCAGACACUGUAAUAAAUCACUUAAAAAUGGAAAGAAUAAAGAUUUAUGGACAGAAA